AAAACCCACACAUGCACAGGGAGAACAUGCAAACUCCAUGCAGAAAGAUCCUGGGAAGGUCGGGACGCCAACCAGGGAUCUUCUAGCUGCAAGGCGACAGUGCUAACCACCAAGGCACCGUGCAGCCCUAAACAAAACAUGCUAGUUUCUUUCAACAAAUUAUCCCUUUUGCUGCCAGUGUUCACCUCCCUGCAUGCAAAAAGCUCCACAAAACAAUCCCUCCGUCGCUAUUUUGAGUGAACACCAACCAUGCAUCCUGUUUUCAACUCCACCCAACAAAGUUUAAAGAGAUUUUUCUCACCAAAAGUAGAAGGAGGUGGAGCCAGAUCAUUCUGCAGAGAGUAAUAGCCUUUUAUUGAACAGAAAAAAAAACUGUCAAAAACAUGCUGAGGUUAAUUGAUGAUUCUAAGAUGUCUGCAGGUGUGAAUGCCACUGGGAUUGUUUGUCUGUAUAGCUAGCCCUGCGAUAGACUGGCGACGUGUCCAGGGUGUUCCCUAAGUCAGCUGAGAUGUAUAGAUGAUGGAUGGAUGGAUGGGUAAAAUAUGACCCCUUUAAACCUACUGAAUAUCAGCAUGUUAUCAUUGUCGUCGUGUUGUUUUUGCAGAGGUGGUGCAUCGCUAAGCUGUUAAAGUUAGGAAGCAGAGUGAGUCCAUUGAUUUCCUGUUUUGUCUGAUUGAACUCACUGGUUGCCCUAUUGCUCUUAAUUAAAGUGAUGGAAACAGCCGUGAGCUCAGCCUCCCAGUAGGAACAUCGACUGAGCAAAUUAAUAAACGGCUCCGCAGCGUUUCAUAGGAGAGAUUAUUGGUGUGCUUCAUCAUAAGCUGGGCGGCAGCGUCAGAGAGUCCUUUUGAAGCUCUUUUCUUAUUUACUCGCUGCCUCCGCCUCCUAUUUCUGCCUCCUGUUGUGUCAGUCAAUCACUGUCAUUCCCCCUGACAAACACUCAAACAUGCAUCUACACACAAAUCUGAGAAUGCUCCAUUUACGGGGCGUCGGUCUGAUAGUUAGCCGUCAUAAAUCAGAAGUGUGUUUCACAGUUUCUGAUUUUCUGACCAGCUGGGCCUGCUCGGUCUACCUCCGUCCUCCUCGCCGGUUUGCCACACCCUCCCAAAGCAUGUGUUCUAUUUUUACGCAGCCUACUUCUUUUAAUAAAUCCUCUCUUAGGUUUCUGGUGCACUUGCCUUUGUCGACUCCUAAACGGCUGUGGAGCCCAGGGGUCAGCAGUCGCUCAAACGCUUGAAAGUUAUGCAAAAGACGGUGCAGCUGGAGCUUCAUUAGAGACUAUCUUGGGACAGACGUUAGCUCUUUUGUUCACGCCAUUCUGUCAUUUUGUGAUAAUUCAGUGAAAUUACAGUGAACUUUAGGCCUUAGUCUGAUAUUGUGUCUGUAUAUAGACUUCAAAGAAUUUAUUAGUCUGAUGUAUUCUCAACUCGGAAUGCAGUGCAGUUUUUUUGUGUCUGUUUUAUGAAUCAGUUGUUUUGAGUGGAAAAGGUUUGUAGAGAUUUGGAUGAGUGUAAUCGAGCACAUGCCACACAAACCAAGCUGUCAAAGCUCCCGUACGUUCAUUAAUGCACUUUCCAGUUUCGUGCAGUCAUUGUGCUGACCCGACUAUGAAAAUCCGCUGGGGCUCUCCUCACUUCUCUCCCUCCUCACUUACUCCUCUGUUCAUCUCAUUCUUUCCUUCCUCCUCCACCGAGGGAAGAGAAGAUUCAUUAUCUCUCACGGCUGAAUGAUGGACAACUCGGGGAUGAGGAUUAUCCUUCCAUAAGGCUGCCCUGACCCCUGCUUCUCUGCCACCUGAGCAGGACAGGGGAUGAAAAUGAUGGGAAGAUGUGAAGACUGCCGCCCCAGACGUGAAGCUGGAGAACAGCUGAUGAUGCUGCCUGAGGAUGUUGUGGAGGUGUGGAGGGAUGUAAACCACCACAGCCACUCCUGUAGUUUCCUCCCUCCCUCUCUCUCAGUCUCUCUCUUUCUCCUUCUGGCUGCUUUCUGAGCCUGCAGCGAGUGCCUUUGAGAUCCAGGACAUCUUCCUAUUUCUCAUCUUCUUCCUCCUUUGUCCGGGAGAGUUGUUUGUUCAAGCUAGAUGGAGACUCACCGAGAUAGAGGGGAGGCGUUUGCGUUGCUUAACUGAGCUCAGGCACUUCCUCAAAGCCCUGAAGAGCCAUGGGAAGGGAUAGGAGCCUUUCCAGACACUUUCGGAUCUUCAUUCCCAAGAAGCACCGGGAGCGUUUUGACGAGGUGGUCUCCCAAAGCCUGAUGAGCCGGCUCAAGGGGCGGAGCUUCAGCGACCCCAGCCGCAACCACCUUCGCCGCAGCCGGAGCGAGGACCACCCCGAACGCCUCCUGGUCUCCACACGGGCCAGCUCAGUGCCACGCACCCACGCAGAGGAAGGCGUGGUCCCCCCAACCCGAGGCAUGCGCAAGACCACCUCCCUCAUAGCCGGCCACUCCAGCGGCUCCACCACCAACUGCAGGACAGUGAGAGUGUGCAAAGGCAACAUGAGCUUCGGCUUCACUCUCAGAGGUCAUGCUCCAGUGUGGAUCGACUCAGUCAUCCCUGGAAGUCCAGCAGAUAAGGCCGGUCUGAAACCAGGAGACCGCAUCCUGUUCCUGAACGGACUGGACAUGAGGACCUCCUCCCAUGAGAAGGUGGUGUCCAUGCUGCAGGGGAGCGGCGCCAUGCCCACCCUGGUGGUGGAGGACGGGCCGCCGACGUUCUCCCUGUCGGAGCAGGACUUCGCUGGAGGCGGCGUUCCCGCAGAAAGAGCCCGAUCCCCGGUGCUCAGCUCCCUGCAGUGGGUGGCCGAGAUCCUGCCUCCCAGCAUCAGGGUCCAGGGUCGCACCUUCGGACAGCAGCUGGAGCAUCUGCUGACCAUCCAGGAGAGGUACACCAUCUGCAAGGCUCUGGAGAACUUCUUCCAGCACCGGAACGUUGACACCCUGAUCGUGGACGUGUUCCCAGUUCUGGACACUCCGGCCAAGCAGGUGAUCUGGCAGUUUGUUUACCAGCUGCUGACGUACGAGGAGCAGGAGCACUGCCAGAGCAAGAUUUCCCGUUUCCUCGGAUACAAAGCUCCAGUUCCUCCACCGCCGCCUCCACCUCCGCCCCCUCCGGAGCCCGAGGUCGCCCCGGAGCCCCACCGACGCAGCAGCUCCAUGAGGGUGACGGGGACCACGUACAGGAGCAGUGUGAGGGGACGUAGCUCCGAUGACCUGGUCAUUGGCACACACUUGGGCAUGGGCCUCCGAGCAGAGCCGGUUCUGGAGACAGGGAUGAGACUGGCUCCAGGAGAGAGACAGUCAGGAGAUGGAACCUCGCUCCCCGAGACUCCCAACAACCUCACCAAUCUGUCAGCAGUUUACGCUGAACUGGAGAACAUGUAUUCAGCCAAGAGGUCCAAGUCUCUGAAGAGUCGCCCUCCUCCUGCACCGGAGAGUCUGCUGGACCUGGAACCUCCUUCACGCACACCGUCGCCUACGAUACAUGCUAACACAGGGAGCCGUAAAGGCCCACCGUCGCACACAUCCUGGCCAGACCCGCUGCCCAGUCCCCCUCCAUCCCAGUUCUACCCCUCAGGGUUGACCAGCCAGACCAGUGGGGAGUCCAACCCCUACAUCAGCCUGGACAGUCCCCCUCCAUCGCCUCCAGAACCCCCCGACUACCCAUCCAGUCCCCCAGCCCACCGUAGCAACAAGCGGCGUUACACGUUCUCCAAACCGCCUCGAUCCGAGGACACUGAUCGCUUCCUGGAUGCUCUGAGCGAACAGCUGGGCCAGAGGGUGGCCAUCGUGGAUGACUUCCUAACUCCUGAAAAUGACUAUGAGGAGGAUGUUGUGCAGAUGGGCUUUCCAGAUGAGGAGGAUGACGACAAUGAAGACGACUUGGGGGUGGACGAAGAGGAAAACGGAGGAUUCGUGGCUCCGGAGCUAAGCAGCCCCAGCGACGUUCAGAGCAGCAGCGGAGAAGAGAACGCCUCCUCGCUCACCUACUCCUCGUCCUCUGACCACAUUCCUCCGCCACCCAUGACUCCGCCUCCACCUCCACCUGUCCAGUUCAAUGACCCGCCUCCUCCUCCGCCUCCUCCGCCUGCACAGACCCAACCUCAGCAGCAGCAGCUUAGCUACACUCCUGAACACUCCCCGAGAGCUUAUGUACCUAUCCGCCGGAAAUCUGGCCCUCCUCCACCGCCUCCUCCCCGAAACAACCCGCCGCCGAAACGCCACUCCUUGCAUAAAGUUCUCCCCACACGAGAUGACCUGCAGGUUCAUGCUACCAUCCAGGAGCUGAAAGCCUACCAAGAACAACAAGCCUACCAGGAGAGACAAGCCUACGAGGAGCAGCAAGCCUAUAAGGAGAGGCAGGCAUAUGAGGAGCAAAAAGCCUAUGAGGAGCAACAGCUGUUCCAGGAGCAACAGGCUUAUCAGGAGAAACUGUUCAAAGAGAGGCAGGCUUAUGAGGAGCAGAAAGCGUACGAGGAGCAGAAGGCUUUUGAGGAGCAGCAAAUGUACCAGGAGCAGCAAGCCUACCAAGAAAGACAAGCGUACGAGCAGCGUCAAGCCUACCAGGAGCAAAAGGCAUACGAGCAGCGCCAAGCCUACAAGGAGCAAAAAGCUUUUGAAGAGCUUCAGGCCUACCAGGAGCAAAAAGCGUACGAGGAGCGAAAAGCUUAUGAGGAACAAAAAGCUUACGAGGAACGUCAAGCCUACGAGGAGCAGCAGAUGCAGCAGAUCUACCAGAGCCACCACUCCAUGCCUAACCAGCCAACGCAGCAGAAAUCCCACUCGCCUCUGCCCCUCCAGCAGCUACACCAGUCCUUACCGCCGCUGCCGUCCCCAGACUCCGCCCACCACCACCCCAAUCAUCCUCUUUAUCUGAUGCGCCAAGCACAGCAACAGCAGCAGCAACAACAACAACAACAAACCCACCAGAGUCACCACCACCGCCGUCUGUCUCGAUCAGCUCCUCCACCGCACCAGCCGUCGCCCCAACCGACCGUCCACCCCAGCCCACAGGCUCAGUACGCCGAGGGGAUCUACCAGAGCCAUCAGGGCAUCAGACCCCAGCCCCACCACUCCUCAGCGGAGAUGCUCCACCAGAUGCACCAAGCUCCGGCUCAUCACUCCUCCACUGAGAUGCUCCACCAGUUGCAGCAGGUCCAGGCCCGCCACUCGUCUGCCGAGAUGCUCCAGCAGAUGCAGCACGCCCACUACUCGUCGUCAGAAAUGCUCCACCAAAUACACAAAUCCAAGGCCCAUCAUUCCUCGACGGAGCUCCUGCACCAAGCUCACCAAAUGCAGCAAAUGCAGCCUCACCACUCCUCCACCGAACUGCUCCAUCAGGCCCACCAGAUGCACCGCGGACAGCCCCACCAUUCGUCCACCGAGCUGCUCCAUCAGAUGCACAAACCCCAGGCCCACCACUCCUCCACAGAGCUCCUCCAUCAAGCCCAUCAGAUGCACCAACCCAAGCCCCACCACUCCUCCACGGAGCUGCUCCACCAAGCCCAGCAGGAGCCCGCCUCCCUCCCUGUUCAGCUGAACCGGGACAGCCACUCGCACCAGAGCCGGAGGAGCCUCAAAGGGCACCAUCAGGCUGAAGCGUCUCUGCAGGGGAGGCAUCAAGAGCAGCAGAUCCACCAAGCCCACCACCCCCAGCCCACCAAGCCCUCUCCCCAGAGACCCCACUCCAUCCAGCAGACCCACCACCACUCCAGCACCCCACAGAUCCACCAUAUUCACCACAUCACCCCACAGCCCCCUCCUCAGGACUACCAGCACCAGAUCCACGUCAUCCACCCUCCCCAGCAGCCACACAGGCCCCAGCCGCUCCUCUCCACCUUCCAGCCCCUGCAGCCCCACCAGCCCACCCUCUCCACCUUCCAGCCUCUGCCGCAGCACCACCAGUCGCAGCACCAGGUCCAGUCCUCCACCCAAACCGCCCGGCCACAGUCGCAGCCCUCGCAUCACCUGCUGCAGUCCCAGCACCAGUCACAAUCCCACAAGCAGUCCCACGGCCAGAGUCAGCCCCAGUCCCUCCCCCACUCUCUCUCCGACCCCACCGAGCAUCUGGAGCCCCCUCCACCUCCGCCGCUGCCUCCGCCCUGCUCCCCUCCACCGCUGCCCAGACCCAGCCUGUCCAGGAUGGACUCCAACCACAUGAGUGUGAAGAGGCUGCGCUGGGAGCAGGUGGAAAACUCCGAGGGGACCAUAUGGGGACAGUUGGGAGCAAACUCUGACUACGACAAACUGCACGACAUGGUGAAGUAUCUGGAUCUGGAGCUGCACUUUGGGACCCAGAAGGGCUCCAUGCCUGCUCCAGAGCUAACCCCCCAUCUAGAAACCUUCAAGAAGAAAGAUGUUAUUGAAAUUCUGUCCCAUAAGAAGGCUUACAAUGCCUCCAUCCUGAUAGCCCACCUGAAGCUGUCUCCUGGGGAGCUGAGGCAGGUGCUGAUGAACAUGUCCACGGAUCGGCUAGAGCCGGAUCACAUCAAGCAGCUGCUGCUGUACGCCCCCGACGCAGAGGAGGUCAAAAAAUAUGAAGAGUACCGGCAGGACCCCAGCAAACUCAGCGAGCCAGACCAGUUUGUGUUGCAGAUGUUGUCGGUUCCGGAGUACCAGACCCGACUGCAGAGCCUCCUCUUCAAAUGUUCGCUUCAGGAGAAGACAGAGGAGCUGAGAGGAGCGUAUGACUGUAUUUAUAAGGCCUCCAUGGAGCUGAAGACCAGCAAGAAGCUGGCCAAGAUACUGGAGUUUGUGUUGGCGAUGGGGAACUAUUUAAACAACAGCCAGCCUAAAACCAACAAGACUACUGGCUUCAAGAUCAACUUCCUGACAGAACUGAGCACAACUAAAACGGUGGACGGGAAAUCCACAUUUCUGCACAUCCUGGUCAAGUCGUUGUGUCAACACUUUCCUGAUGUGUUGGACUUUUCUAAAGAUCUCACAAUGGUUCCUCUUGCAGCAAAAGUGAAUCAGAGGAACAUCACAUCAGACCUGAAUGACCUUCACACGACCAUCCAGGACAUUCGCUCGGCCUGUCAGAAGAUGCCUGCGACUGCUGAGGACCGCUUUGCUGUCGUCAUGAGUAACUUCCUGGAAAACAGUCACCCAGCAAUGCAGUCUUUGGAGUCUCUCCAGCAGAGAUCCAUGGAAGAAUUCAGCAAAACGGCCUCUUACUUCGGAGAAGACGGCAAAAGCACCAACACCGAGGCCUUCUUUGGGAUCUUUUCUGAGUUCAUUGGCAAGUUUGAGAGGGCUCUCAGUGAUCAGCAAAUCGCAGAAAACCCGAAGAGUCCCAGAAGUCCACGAAUGGCCUCCCCACUGGCCUGGUAACACACAUGCACAUCUGGAGACAGCAGUUCACACAGCAUAUACACAAUAAACACUCAUACUAUACGCCUAUACGCUAUAUUAAUGCACUGACAUGCACAAACACACACACAUACACCACUCAACAUGCAAUACUGAGCAAAAAAGAAGGCGAUGCGUUCAUGUGUUUUGCUAAAAUGAAGGGAGAAGGGUGAACUUUGCAAUGAAAAAUAAACAUUUUUGCAUCAAAGAUGGGUAACUUAGCUUUAUACCAGUGCUGUACUAUGUAUGUCUUCCUGUAUUGACGACUAAAAUGGUUAAGACCGGUCAAGUUAUCUUUGCUGUUUGAUAGUUAUUCAGUAACAUCCCGUAGUUUAAGUUUUAUUUCUCUAAGCCCAGUUGGUGAAUGCCUGCAUAGUGCAAAAUGACAAUAAUCCAGUGAAACCUUUGUGACAUAUCCACCAUUAAGACGUAGAUUUAUACAUUUUAUCCUUAAAUACGUUCACUCAGUGGCUCUGAAGAAGCCACAGAAGCAGUUUUCUGAUUAGUUUACAUGUUUUGUAAGGCACCCACCACACAGAAUGUCUUUAUUAUCAGCCAUCCUGAUGACUGUUUUAUUUACUACGUUGUAUCUAUGUGUCACCAUGUCAUUUGUAGCCGUGUUAUUAAUUGGUUUAUUUAUUUCCUCUUGUAUGGUACUUAACUUCUAAUCCUACCAGUUUGUAUAUAGGAGACUGUGUCAGUGGGAGCUAGUGCUUUUUUUUUUAUAAACCUAACAGAGAUUUAACUGUUCCAAGGGUCAUUUUUAACUUGGGUCCAGUCAUUAAGACACUAAUAAGUGGGAUUAUGUGGAUCUUACAGCGGGCACUGUGCAAUAUGUGAAUGUUUAGCCGUCUUGUUACAUAUUAUACCCAUGAAAGUGGAAAUGAGAUUUAUAGUGUGUGGACUGUGCAGAAUGGGAGAAAAUAUAAAGAAAAUAUAUAUAAAUAUGAAGCACUUUGUUACUUUAAUGUAUUUCCCGAAUGUUUUCUCUUCUUGAAUGUGGACUAAACAUAGAGUUAUAUCACUGACAGGGCAGCAGUGUUACUAAGUUUAGCGUAGCAGAUGCAGCAUUUUGCAUAAAUUUCAAACAGCCAGUAUGAUAAUAAAGCAAACCAGCUUCCCAGACAUGCCAGUGCUUUGUAAAAAACUAAAGCUUCAAGUGAUAUUUUUUAAAUUACAAGGCAAAUUAUUCUAAGAAUCACAUGUGCAGUGAGUAAAAGCUUUGUUUUCUGCUUGAAUUACUGAAUGUAAACCUCAGAAGCGUUGCUGUCCGUUUAAGGCCUAUAAAGUGUUUAAGUCUGUAUUUUGUUUUGUAACCUAAUUCUGACAAAUAUAAAGAGUUGUAUGAGAUCCA